AUGGAAAAAGCUGCUCCAGAUGAAGCUGAGCCACACACCCACCGAACAAACCAUUUUCCUGCUGUAAAAGUUGGCAAAGCUGCAGCUCACCAGGGAACACUCCAGCAGGCUCAGCUCCUGCCUGCCCUCAGCUCAUCCUUGCCCUCACACACAGCCAGAAGCUCCGGGUGGGAGGACAGACCCUACAGCCCCUCUAUCUGUCUCCCCCCAGGGCAUUUGGCUAAUGCCAGCACGGAACUGAUGAAGCUGGACCACGAGGAGGAGCCGCCGCUGACAGAGCCAUACCUCUCCAAGCAGAAGAAGCUCAUGGCCAAGAUCCUGGAGCACGACAACGUGAAUUACUUGAAGAAAAUCCUGGGGGAGCUGGGAAUGGUGCUGGACCAGAUCGAGGCUGAGCUGGAGAAGAGGAAGCUGGAGUACCAAGGGCAGAAGUGUGAACUUUGGCUCUGCGGAUGUGUCUUUACCUUGGCCGAUAUCUUGUUAGGAGCUACCCUGCAUCGCCUCAAGUUUCUAGGACUCUCUAAGAAAUACUGGGAAGAUGGCAGCAGACCUAACCUACAGUCCUUCUUUGACAGGAUACAGAAACGCUUUGCCUUCAGGAAAGUCUUGGGAGACAUACAUACCACGCUGCUCUCUGCGGUGGUACCCAAUGCCUUCAGGCUGGUCAAGCGGAAACCUCCCUCCUUCUUCGGAGCCUCCUUCCUGAUGGGAUCUCUGGGGGGAAUGGGAUAUUUUGCUUAUUGGUACUUAAAGAAAAAAUACAUCUAAUGCUGGCAGCUUGGUGUUUAGAUUGGUGUCUCUGUGCUGUGUGAAAUUAUGACGAAGCCUCAGUAACUGUAAUGAAAUUUGAGGCAAGGUAUGAAUAAUAAUAUUGUUUAAUGUAACAUUCCAUAGUCUAGAAGUAGAAAAGUAUACUGCAAGGAAAUAACAACAACAAAAAUGCAUCAACUUGUAAAUGCCUUUUUAGGUUUAAGUAUUCCACUCCAGUGGGAGGCUUGGGGGCUGGCCUGGCUCCCCGUGCCCGCCGGGAAGCACUGCCGGUGCAAUUCCAGGGGGAGAUGGGCAUCCUGAGGAGCUCCCAACACCCAGGUUAACAGUGGGACUUGGAUACUCAGCCCUGUUUGUGUUUCCAGAGUGUUCACCGGCCACAUUUCACACAUACUAGUGGGGACUUUCUUCUUCUAGAAGCCAGUGUUGUGCUCGAAGGCAU